GGGAAAUGCCCCACGCUGUCCAAAUACAAAAACGUACGAUCUGUCAAAGUUUAUAUUUACACGUUUAACAUAACAAAUCCUUAAAAUGGGUGGAAUAAACUCCAAGAGAAAAUUGCCAUUUAAAAGGAGCAAAAAGAAAAAAGGAUGCAAAGUCCGACAGGAGCAGACGAUAUAUAUGAACGAAGAACCUGUCUACGAGGAAAUCGGUGGAGGACCAGGAGCCGAUGACAGAGAGGUGUCAAACGAAAGUUAUAACAACACAGUUUCAUCAUUAGAUUCUGCUUUCUGCGAAAGAAAGUCCUCUCUCAGCAGAAGCAGCAGCACUGGUACAGUCGUGUACGACGAGCCGGGGUCAUCCGAAUGUAGUGGAACACACCCUAAAUUUGUUAAUAACACUUACUUAAUGAACAAUGAUGCUGAUUGUUAUUAUGACGAUGAUGUUGAUGAUGAUGCACACACUUACAUAUCAGAAGUUUCUCUCAGGGAGACAAGUAGUGAUGGCUCCUCAGUGAAGAAAGGUCUCGCAUAUAAUCGAUGUCCGUUGAAGAAACGUAACACGCCCAUCUCGCUAGCGGAAGUCCCCUUUAUGGUAGAGGCUUUCCAACCGCUGUUAGAAAACACGAUCAAUGUACUAGAGGUCAUUCCGCAUAUGCCUUACAUAGAUGCGCAUGAAUUUGUCAGUGUGGAUGAUCCGAAAAAGGCGGUUGAAAUGUUAAUAGCAAGAGUCAAGUCCUUGAAUGAACCUGGCAAAUGGCAGGCUUUUUUACACGCUCUAAAUUUGGCAGAGUAUGAAUAUAUCGCCAGCUUACUCAGAGGAGAAACCGAGGAGGACCAUACAGUCAAUAGGAAUCUGCUGAAGUUAUUCACCCCACAAAUAAUGAAUCGAAUCGACCCAGACGAGUUCAUUGAUCAUUUAUUUGAAAAGGGUGUAAUUAAUGAAUGGGACAUGGAGGAAGUUAGAUGUGAAAAGGACAGACGAGGAGCCACUGCAGCGUCAUUCAUGUUAUUGCAUAAAGUCCCAAGACGCGUGUCUAACUGGUUUGUGGUGUUUUUGGACGUGCUGGAAAAGUGUGGACUGGAGGAUUUGACCCCGCAGUUCAAUAUACCAGAGGUCUCUCUUUGUACAACGGAGGUGAAGAAACCUUUAUGUGGAGACGAAGAUCUGCACUAUCUCACUCCAAUUCAUGACAACAGAAGAAAUUUCCCAAAAUUACCGUCUCAAAGACCGCCACCGCCGCCACUCCCUAUCCGCAUUCCCCCUACAUUUGUACGGGACCAGAGACCAGAGGCUCGUGCUAAGACUGAAUUAGAACUGCUCAAAGAAAGAAAAGAUUCGCUGCAGAGAAGAAUAGAAGAAAAGAAGUUGAUACGACAAUACAAACUGGAAGUGGAAGCAUUGCAGAGAGAGUUGGAAAUGUUAAAUUCUGACCAAGAAGACAGUGAUGUAGAAAUCUCUGAAGACACAUCAUUAAAACAACUUGCAGUGGAUAUGUCCAACGGAAAUUGUGUUUCGAAUACUGGAACGCCACCAGAAGAUAAUGAAAGCCCAGAAGAGGGUAAUGAUAAAACAGACGUUCUGGAACAGCCUACUGACAUUGACAGUGUGAAUGUUGAUACUCAGGAAGUACCAGAUAAUAUGAAUGAAAAUAAUGGACAAGAAGAUCUUGAACAAAAAGAUGCAGUGCAGCAUAUUUCCAUGCUAUUUACGGACAUGAAACACGAACUGAAGCAGGAUAUUUUAGCAAUGAGGGAUCACGUAACGGAUGCGGUAUUAAAAUCUGUGAUAAACGUAAUUUCUGGAUCAGCUAAGAUCGAAGAUAAUGCAUAUGUGACCAUCGAAGUUGGAGAAACGAUUCUUCCAAGUCCUGUACAGUUAUACAAUACCUCGCACAGACAGACACGCGGCGUACUUAGUCCGACCUCCCACAAAACUCAAAGACAAUACUCUGUCGAUUCAGCUUUCUUCAGUGAUACAUAUAUGUACUUUAAAAAUCCAAAACAGUGUUACAUCCCCUUAUCGAUGCAGUACGUAUAAAUUGCGACAGCCGAGUUACACAUCAUCAAUUUAAUUUUGUUGACAAAGUUAUAUCUCAACAGCUAAAUAUGAUAUAUUUUGCUUGUAAUAUGUGUAAAAAAAUAAAAACAAUACAGUGUUACAUUGGCAUUAUGGCGCGCAUCUGUUAAAAAUGUAAACAAUGAAAUUAUUUGAAAGUAUUUUGUGUACAAUCAAAGAAGUAGACGAGUCGCUCACAUCACAACAUAAACAUAUUGAAAACUUUGAUUGUAUUCUUAUAUGUUGUGACAUAAAAUGUCAAUUUGCCUGUAAUCAUGGCAAGCGUUUGAUCCAGAACAUGUCACCAUUUUACGAGCGCAUGUUUUUUACUAUCGUCAUGUGAUUUACUUUUGACUAUAUUCCUGCAUGGAGGUUGACAUAUAUCUAUAAAUGUA